AUGAGCAAGAAAAAGUUCGAUAGCUUUCAGUUAUGUGAUUUAUGUGGAAGACUGGUGUAUUCUCGUCAAUCAGCUGAUCACAGGGCGGUAUGUGAAGCAGAUUCGUCCAGCGACGAUCAUAAGUGCGCGUUCAUACAAGAUGGCGUCCUGCACGCUCUUGUUGUGGAGACGAACAACAAAAUGUUUUCAGGUUCGUCAGAUAGAUUUGAGCAAAGGUUAACAGUGUCCAGUGAUUUUGCUUUAAAGUUUAACCUAGGUGUUUGCAAUCCUAGAGUUAUGUUAGUUCUGAAUUGGAACGACCGCGGGUCCAAGGAGAAAAUGGGGGUCGUGGGUUUUUUCUAAUUGAGGAGGGGUGUUCUGACCGGUAUUCCCUCCUAACGGGAAAUACUUUUGGUCCUGAUCAGUCAUCACUCGCCCCAGUCAUUCUUAAACCUCAGUGAAAGGAUAUUUACUUAGGGACAGACUUCCCGAAGUUAUCAUUGGUUGCUUACAAGAGGUUUAAGUUACAUUUGUCAUGUAUAGUUAACUGUCAACGGAGAAAGAAAUUUCUGCCAUCAGCGAAAGAACCAAUGUGGGAUUUAGCAGUGAUGAAGAUAAAGAUAUAAAUCAUUUGAGGUCGGUAAAUAAAAUGGAUGAACAUAUUGAGAAACCUUCCAUUUUUAAUCACGAGAAAGAAGAUGCCAUGAUAAGCAGCCGAAAUGCAACUCCGAAGGUCAUGCGUUAG